GUCGUUUAUCGCGGCUGACGAUCCUAAAAUCCGAAACGGGGACGUUUCUCGCCACUUGUGCUCGCACGCUUAUCGUUCUUAAUCGGAAAUCGCGAUUGUGAUUCAUUAGCGGGGCGUUAAUCUGCAGUGCUUCGGCAUUGCGCAUUCGUCAAGAUUGUCACGCACGUUGACAUUUGCUUUCCGCCGUUCAACGAUAUCGGCCCUUUAGCGUAUCAGAUAAAAAAACGCGAAAGCUAAAAAAAAAUGGUGAAUCGUUCGCGAUAAAAUGUGACCGCGAACCGCCGUGAUUUCAUCCCUUCGCUAUUUAUAGAGCGCGAGUAGGUUAUUCGGAAAAUACUCCAUCGCAAGAAUGAAAAUAAUAACAUCGGAUAAUGACGUAUGAUACAAUGAAUAACACGGAAUGAACGUCUCAAAUUAAUAUAUGUAUGUGCUAUUAUUAAUGUGUAAUAUAUUCAACGCCUGUUAUAUGUGACGUAAUUUUAUUCUGCGGAAAUGUUUUCGAUGAGAUGUUGGAAAAUGAAAUGCACGCUGUCGUUGCGCGUUAAUCUAUUAAGAAAGAUGAUUAGCCUUGAUUUUCGCGUUUUUCCACGCUUUUAUUGAGCAAUUAACGUAACAAAGCAGAGGCGAGGUAUAUGGCCAUCAAUGCAUUAAUUGAACGGAUUUAUUUUUAUCGAGCAAAUUUCGCAAUGCUCUUCCGUUCUCUUUUCUCGUAGAACGUAUCGUUCAAUCCGCAAUUAGAUCUCACAUCUUCGCGAACACACAAGUGUCAAUUCCUUUGGAAACGAACACCUUCAUCGCAAUAUUUCAUUAAUGAGCAAUUUUGGGGUAUCAGCUGUUGGAUGGAGCAAUCUGUGAUUUCUUUCCAUCAGGGUUAUUAUGGCAUGUAAAGUAAUGUGAAGGAUCAUAGAAUAAGUUGAAAGCUGGAGAGCGAUAUGAAUCUAUGCCGCACAAUUGUCUGACUGAGCUCUGCUCUGAGUUACGUGUCUUUGCUUUGCGCACAAAUGUCAGGAUGUUAAACAGCACUACUAAUAUGGAACUGAAUAAUGUGGGAAGCAACAAAAGUUCCAUAUAUCUUGCGCUAUCAUUUCGAAAACUGUGUCUGGCAACAGUUGGCUUACCACUUAUAUCGCUGUUAUUUUGUUUCAUCACGGCAUACAUAUUCCAACAGGAUGACAUUCAUGAAACUCACUGUAGGGUGUACAAUAUUCUUCCAUCAAUCUCAGCCAUUACAGGCGUAUCUCCUCAGAGGUAUCUAUGGCGUAUCAGCAUAGCAUUACACAUUGGACCUAGACUGGUUAUUGCCAGCGUUUAUCAUUCAUAUUAUUACAACAUACUUAAGAGCAUUGAAGAUGUGCCUCUAAAAAUUAUGGGGAGUAGGCUCCUAAAUUUAUGCUAUUGGCUAAAUAUUGCCGAGGUAGCAGCUUUAUGUGGUGUAACAUAUAUUUCUAACAGGGAAAAUUAUUCGGUGCACGAAAAAAUUUUCAUAGCGUUCAUGAUUAGUUCGCUCACGUACAUGCUGACUGCUGUAAGAUUGGGUCGCCUAAUAACUCCAAAUGCACAAAGCCUUCAGUACAAACAGGCGCUCUUUAUGAUGAGUCUCGUCAGUACAAUUGGUCUUAUUAUCUUCUUCUUGAAACAUCGACUGCUAUGUCACGAUUUGGCAUUUAGUUGGUUCUCGCUAUGUGAGUAUGUGAUAGCUUUUGCAAAUAUGGGUUUUCACAUCACGGUGGUUUUGGAUUUUCCAAAAGAGCAACUGAUUGUAGGUCACGAUUUACCUGCCGCGAAAAUAGAUUAACCUUUUAGGAUAAUACAUCAUUCUCAUUGUCAUAUUAAAGUGCCUAUUGCCUCUGCAUGGAAGUGCUGUAAAUCAUGGUUCUCAAGAGGUGAACAUUUGGCACAAUACACGAUACACAGCAUCAUGAUUAUCUCAGUUUUAUGAUAUUUUAUAAAAGUAUAAUGUGUUCUAUUGUUGAGAUUGAUAUAAUUUACUUUCCGCGGUUUUUAAAAGAGCAAAUACUCGAUGUAUGUACUCUAUUAUACUUAUCUUUACACUUAUAUUAUCUUGCAAUAUCGAUUAUAAUAUUCGAUUAGUACUUUUGUGAAUAUAAAGGGAUAUCUGAUUUGUGAGAAAAAUGAAAUGGAAAAUCUAGCGCUUCCAAAGUGUGGCACUGGUUACUUUCAAAACGAUGAAAUAUGUAACGGCCUUUUAAUAUCGGUUAGCAAUAGAGUAUAUGAUUAUAGUACACAAUAGUUAAAAAAGUAUCCUACAUACAAACAGCAUUUAACGUUAGUGUAAAUUGAAUAUUAUUAUGCAUCAUAUGAGAUUACUUCUAAAGAUUUUUGAAUCUUUUUUUAUAGACUUUUACAAGGUGAGAAUUCUAGUCAAACAUAUUAAUUCUAGUCGCGAUACAUUUUAUUCGCUUUACACUAUUCUUACUUCAUGUCAUUAGCUGAAAUUAGAUUGUAAAAUGCAGUUACAUCAAAUGGACUUUGAGAUAUAAUUACAAUUAUUAAAUAUGUGUAUAUAUUAAGUUAUUGCAAAGAUAUAGAUAUACAAUUGUGUGUUGUUGGUAAAUUUCAUAGAAAUCUUAUAUAAGUUACAUUCAUUCACCUUGUAAGAGAGAUUAAUUAAUCUUGUAUAGAUUUUGAGAUAAUAAAAUCAGCUAAUGUUCAUGAGCUGUUCUGUUCAGCAUUAUUGUACUGCAAACGUAGGAUAAUCGCACCUAUGUUUGUAUGUAGUAUACGAUAAUCCUGAUAGUAUAACAAUUAUCCAGAUACUAAUGAUUAAAACAGUCGCAAUCGUAUUAAAAUAUUUAAACGGGGAUUGCAUUCGGACCAGCUUUUUCAAGAGAUAUGAUCUAAAUUUCUCACGCGAAUUUAUAAAACAAUGUUAAAAACAAAAGUUUCUACGAAAUUUUACGAUUAAAACCCCCGUAUAUCUCUUGUCUAAACCAUAGAUGUAUGUAUGUGUAUACGGUUUUCGGACAAGAUUAUAUAAAACUUUAAGCUUUAACAAUUUUUAAUCAUCAGAAAUGAUUUAUGGCUAAAUAUUGUCGAAUAUCUUGGUUGAUUAAAAAUUGAGUCUUCGAUGAUUUGUUAUUUCGAAAUCGAGUAUAAUUACGAAUAACGAAUAUUCGUAGUAAAUCGGAUCUUAUUGCAGUUUUCGACGAAGCGAGAUGCCCGGUAAAACUUUACAAAGAAACUCAUAAGUAAAAUUUGUUAUUUAAAGUGUUAUUAGAAAUUAUGCAGUAGAAUUUUGUAAAGUGAUUUCCGGAAAUCUUGUCCAUGUCCUGUCAAAAAAAAAAAAAAAAAAAAUUACACGAAAUGUCGAAAUAAAGUUUCAUACAUGCGAGAAUAGGAUCGCGGAAUCUGUAAAGAGAAGGACAGCCAAGUCUGUAAUAUUCACAGAAUUUGCGCCAAAUAUCUCUUGAUACUUGUAUCAAUAAGCAAAGUAGCGUUUAUUACUGUGUAUUUAUAAUAAGCAGAUGAUAUGUUAACGCGAUAUCUCUUAGGAUUCGUUAUAAAGGCCGAUAGUUUCAAUGUGACUCUAGAUAGCACUCGCAGUUUAACGGUAUCAUUUUUGCACAUUUUUACACACGAACGUUACAAUUGUAGCAUAUUUUGAUAUGACGAAUUUUUGUUGAGGUUCCUCGUAUGUAAUGAUUUGAUGAAAGAAAAAAAAAGGAGAAAACGAACGCUAUAUAUUCUUCGCAGAUACACGAUACAUUUGUCAUCGGUAAUCGCGUAGAGAUGAUAGUUUUAGAUAGUCUUUGUAAUUAUUAUACGAAGAAGUAACGCUUUUUCUUAUUUUUCUGCACACGCGACGGACAUGAUAUGUUCGAUAAUCCGAGCGUAACAUCUUGACGGUUCCUAUUAUACGUGGAACCAUUUUUAUACAUUAUCAUAAUGUAAUUAAUGCACUCACAGUAGUCUUGUUUGACUCAUUCUUAUUGAUACCGUUAUCGAAUGCUAAUCUGUGCCAAGUGAUGCACUAAAGAUAUCGUCGAAUUUUACGUCGGAAAUGCUGCGCACAUUAAUAAUGAUCUUCAAAGAUCUUUAAUGAAUCACUUGUAUUUACGCUUCGUUGAGCAGCCACUUUGUGAUCACUGCUCUUUAUAUACACUUGUAGCAAUAAUUGAGAAUCUUUUCUGCAUCAUGUCUUUUAUUCCGAUAAAGAAACAAGAAUUAAAGAACAUCAAUAUGAUUGGAUUGCUUAUAGUGGAACGUAUUCAUCUUAAUAGGCCAUGAGCUUACGUUAGCAUUGUCGGAGUAUAUAUAUAAGUACAUCAAAAAUUGCGCAUUUUUUCUUAUAAAUCGCCCAACAAAUUUUUAAAAUCAAUUUUAUUUCUCAAAUAUUUAACUAACUUGCGACAUAAGCUAUCUAUCUCUGUCUUUAAAACUUAACAUUCUCAAAUAAUUCUGUAAUUAGACAUUAACUUUUCCAUAAGAAAUUCUCUUCGAAUUUUUUAGAUAAUUGAAGAAAGAUGUGCGAUUUCUGAUGUAUCUUAUGUAUAUGUUGGUUAAUCGAUACCGAAUACGAGUCAUGUUGGAAGUUAUAUUGAAUGUCUCAUAUAUACAUAUAAGUAGAAAUUAAUAGUAUAUGAAAAAGUCUUUUUUAUAGAAAUAUAGCGAUAGCUUGCAGAAAUAAGUUCUAUAAAAAUAUCGCAAAACGAAAAAUUUUGGUAACCAAGUUUUUCUUGUGCUAAUCUUUUUCGUUUGUAUAAGUCUCAUGUUAGAAAACAUGGACAGGAUACAAUCCCACCGAUACUAGUUUUGCAAGAAUUGGUAUUGCAAAAUAAUGCUUCCAAAGAGAGCUGUGUGCUAAACAUUUAUUUAGCGACAAUGAUUUUUUUGUGAUUACACUCGAUUAUGCGGAGAUUUUAUCGAUAUUCAUAAAUUUAUUGUUAAGAUAUCAACACACCCUCAGAGUGAUUUGAAAGAUCUAGCGAGGAAUGAACGAGGUUUAAGCGUUGAAUGGUGUAAAGUGUAAAGGAUCUUAUUUGCGCUGUGUUACCUAUUCUCUGAAAAUAUAUUUUCUUCCUUACACACACGACACAAAAGCUUUUUAGGAUAAAAAUUCUGAAAACAUAUAUUUAAAAAUUUUGUCACAUGAGUUUUUACAUAUUGGCGAUAAUGACUAAACACACAUAUCUGUCAAGAAUUUCUAUCAUAUUCGAAGCUCUCUCUCCCUUUCUCCUUUCGCUGUACAUAAUGCUAGCACGAUACACAAUUAUAUCUUGUACAAAUGAUCUUGUACAAGGAAUGGAUAUAUCAAUGAUACGUUAAACAAAUGGCAUGACGAUUUUUCCUUUAUUAGUAUGGCAAUUUAAUACACAGAUCAACCCAAAUGCAUAUUCGAAGCAAAAAAUCUUUACACAAAUAUUCAUGCUAUCGAAUCACAGCUAUUUUUCUGCAACCCGUAUUUUUCGAAAUCAUUUUGCUACUGAAACACUUUUUCUAAUUUACAUGAUAUAUGUCGAAAUUAUAUCGAUAAAGUGCUACGAUCUCACUGAAAAAAAUACUCUUAUCAUUUUGGGUAAUUGACAAUUCUGUGAUAAUAAGCACAAACACAGCUUUCCACUUUACAAGUUUUAUUUUUUCUUAAAUAACUUCCAUAUCUAUUUCAUUCUUAUUUUUCUCUUCAGAUUAUUAAAAAUAUAUUAUAUUAUGCAAAAAUUUCGAUUGUAUAUUAUCACAGAAUUCAUUUUCCCGAAGCAUCUACUCUUAUAUUUAACGACGAAUCGAGUAGUGAAUUUGUAUAUUUACAAAUCAUUAUUGAAGUAGACAAUUAAUUAAUCAAGUGCAGUAAAUAUCUAGUAAGAGAAUAAAUCUAGUUAAUUAGUAUUAUAAUCUGUAUUAUAAUCUAUUCUAGUCUCAAUCUAUUCUAUGUUUUUGUGAAAUCUUAUCAGGAAACCAUUGAGAGAAUUUGCGUCACAUUAUAUAACUUAUUAAAUUCUUUCACGCGUAUAUAUGUAUAUUAUAUUCGUCAAAUUUUGAAAUCUUCGAAUUGAAAACUUUCGCGGUAUGGAAGGCAAACUUACGUCCGACGUCUCUGAUAGCUCUUUUAUCUCUGCCACAGUAUUGUGUAUGAUAAAUCAGAAGGAGAGUUAAUCGAACCUCAAAUCCAACCGAACCUUGCAGCAUUGCCGAAGGUAAUUGAACUCUGUUGACCUUAAUGUAAGAGAAUAAACUGGCGCGAUUAAAUGGCUAUCGUGCGACACGAAUGAGAACUCUUUUGUCGUCCUGUCGCGUAACCAAAUCUAAUAAGUCAUCUAAGCCAAUCUAAUAAAUCAUUUCCUUCGGCUGUAUCUAAGGUUGGACAAAGGCUCGAACAUUUUGUUUAUAUGGUUCAUUACUGAUUUUACACAUCACACUAUACGAAAUAGCUGUAUUUUCCUACACAAUAUGGUCGAACAUCGAUACGAUGUAACAUUCACUCUGAUACUCCGUAUUUGCGAUGAAUACACGACCGUUGUAAUAUAGUGUAUAUUUCUUGUAAUCGGUUUAUAGAGCGAGUGCCCUAUACUGUGAUUAAAAGUGUUUCUGUGUAUGUGAUGACUUGUAACGGGUUACAACACUGAUUUCGAUCAGGACAAGAAUGAUUUCUAUUUGUAUCGCGAACGAUUGUCAAGUAAAUAUUACCGUACACAACCA